CCGUGAGACGAAAAGAUUAUAUAAAACAAUGCAAUCAUUGCUUCAAAUCAUUUUCUUCGAUUUUCUUUCCCCCCAAACACCUCCCUUAAAACGCUUCUCAAAUUUAUCAUUUUCCUCAGAUCUGGGGAAAUUAGGGUUUUAAAUUUGGUACUGCGAGAAUGCAGAGGCAAACUAGGUAUAUGGAGAGGACAAAUAGUAUGGCCAGAGGAAAGAGGAGUUUGGAAGGAGACGAAGACCAGCAGCCAGAGAAGAAACGCCCCGCUUUAGCUAGUGUAAUUGUAGAAGCUCUGAAGGUGGACAGCCUGCAGAAGCUCUGCUCAUCAUUGGAACCCAUUCUUCGUAGAGUUGUAAGUGAAGAGGUUGAAAGAGCCUUGGCAAAAUUAGGCCCUCCUAUAAUUAAUGAGAGGUCUUCUCCAAAACAACUUGAAGGUCCAGAUGGACGGACCUUACAGCUCCGCUUCAGGUCCAGAUUGUCUCUUCCACUUUUCACGGGAGGAGGGGUGGAAGGGGAGCAGGGUGCUGCCAUCCAUAUUGUUUUAGUUGACUCUAGCAAUGGACGUGUUGUAACAACUGGACCCGAAGCCUCUGUAAAGCUAGAUGUGGUUGUACUUGGAGGUGAUUUCAACAAUGAGGAUGAUGAAGAUUGGACUCAAGAAGAAUUUGAGAGCCGCGUGGUAAAAGAGCGUGAAGGAAAAAGACCACUGUUGACGGGUGACUUGCAAGUGACCCUCAAAGAGGGGGUAGGGACACUAGGUGAUCUCACUUUUACUGACAAUUCAAGUUGGAUAAGAAGCAGGAAAUUUAGGCUUGGGUUGAAGGUUGCUUCCGGAUGUUGUGAGGGUAUACACAUACGGGAAGCAAAGACAGAGGCUUUUACUGUCAAGGAUCACAGAGGCGAACUGUAUAAGAAGCACUACCCACCUGCAUUGAAUGAUGAAGUAUGGAGAUUGGAAAAGAUUGGGAAAGAUGGGUCAUUCCACAAGAGGCUUAAUGGAGCGGGAAUAUUCACAGUUGAAAAUUUUUUGCGGCUUGUGGUCAAGGAUCAAAAAAAGUUGCGAAAUAUUCUCGGAAGUGGCAUGUCAAACAAGAUGUGGGAAGCUCUCCUCGAUCAUGCAAAGACUUGUGUGCUGAGUGGGAAGCUUUAUGUUUAUUAUAAUGAUGAUUCAAGAAAUGUUGGUGUUGUGUUUAAUAACAUCUACGAGUUGAAUGGUCUUAUUUCUGGAGAACAGUAUUUAUCAGCUGAUUCUCUAUCUGAAAGUCAGAAGCUCUAUGUAGAUACAUUGGUGAAGAAAGCUUAUGACAAUUGGAAUGAAGUCUUAGAGUAUGAUGGAAAAUCACUGAUGAACUUCAAGCAAAAUAGGAGGUCAAGCUCCCGGAAUCAACUUCAGAUGGGUGCAGCAGAUGACCCAAAUGCUGUUCAUCAGCUGCAGUUGCCACAGUUGCCAGUUCCAGUUCCUAUUGAGCAAGUGCAUCCAAGCCCGCAAGUUGGAGCUUACAAUGAUAAUAGGUCUCCCAGAUACUCAGGGCAGUCCCAGGCUGUGAAUUCAAAUUCUGGUAAUCAAUUUGAGAGUAUGCAAUUUGUGCCAGAUGACCUGAUUAACAAUUCUCAGCAACCACAAAGCUCAAUAUAUGAUGACGAUGUUGGACUGGGUCUGGCUCCCCCACAAUCAUCUGCCUUAGGUUUCCAAAAUGUUGAUUCUUCAAUGCAGCCAUCAAAUCUGAGUUCUUUCGAUGAUUGGACGAACAGCAGAGACAAGGCAGUUGGGGACUUAUUUUCAGAAGAAGAAAUUCGCCUAAGAAGUCAUGAAAUGCUUGAGAACGAAGAUAUGCAGCACCUUCUCCGCCUCUUCAGCAUGGGAGGUCAAGCUUCUAUUAAUAUGACGGAUGAUGGUGGGUAUGGAUUCCCAAAUUACAUGCCGUCCCCAAUGCCACACUUUGGAGAUGAGUACCGUUCACGUCCUGCCAAAGCUGUUGCUGGGUGGCUGAAGAUUAAAGCAGCAAUGAGAUGGGGGUUCUUUAUCAGGAAAAAAGCCGCUGAGAGACGGGCACAGAUAGUAGAGUUGGAAGAAGAAUAGUGCAAUCGAAGUCUCAUUUCUAUGGUUUUUGAAGUUAAUCGGAACUGUUCGGUCAGGUACAUUGGCCGCCGGGGGGAUUACAGGUACUGAAAGCGUGAAAUUUAUUGGUUGAAGACCCUUCCAAUUGGACAAUUUGGAAUCCCUGAUUGUACAGUGUCUUGUACUGUAGUAAUCUGUUUCUUUGACUUCCCUUGUAAUAUUAUUUUACCAUUGGCAUGCAUGUGUAUAAUUGAUACUUGAGUUUUUAGGUGGAGGUGAGGGGUUUAAGAUUUGCUUUUAACUUGGUUUACUGAUCUUUCAUGUUGCACCGAGUGUCGCCUUUCAAGUUUAAUAUGAUACCUUAUCCCCUAUAAAAGGGAUUCCAGAUA